GGGAAAGGUAGGAGGUGAGAGGUGAAGUGGGAGGAGAGCGGAGCGGAGCGGAGUGGAGCCUGGGAGCCGCUGUCGGAGCGGAGGGCGUCCCUCGCGUCCCUCCCUCCUAGCCCGGAGCCGGACCCGGGAGCUGACGGGCGGGCGCGCACGCCGAGCCCAGGCCUUCCCGCGGCCCCGCGAGCCGCCGCCCCAGAUUUCUUUUCUGCAGAUGGUAUUUAACAUCACUGCCACCCACAGUGUAGCUGGCUAACCACCUAUUGAAUUCCGUGAUGGCAACAAGGUGACAUGAGCUGAGGAUGACCCUGACUGAAAGGCUGCGUGACAAAAUAUCGCGGGCAUUUUAUAGCCAUGGGCUUUUUUGUGCAUCCUACCCUAUUCCUAUCAUUCUCUUCACUGGCUUCUGUAUCUUAGCUUGUUGCUAUCCACUACUGAAGCUUCCCUUGCCUGGAACAGGACCUGUGGAAUAUACCACCCCUGUGAAGGAUUACUCGCCACCACCAUCAGACCCAGAUCAUGAACAAAGGGAUCGGAACGAACAGCCAGACUGGUACGUGGGAGCUCCAGUGGCCUAUGUCCAGCAGAUAUUUGUGAAGUCCACUGUUUCCCCCUGGCACAAUAACUUGCUGGCAGUGGAUGUGUUCCGUUCACCUCUCUCCAGGGUAUUCCAGCUGGUAGAAGAGAUCCGAAACCAUGUGCUGAGAGACAGCUCUGGGACCAAAAGCUUGGAGGAAGUGUGCCUGCAAGUGACUGAUCUCCUGCCAGGCUUAAAGAAACUUAGGAAUUUGCUUCCUGAACAUGGCUGCCUCCUGUUGUCACCUGGAAACUUCUGGCAGAAUGAUCAGGAGCGCUUCAAUACUGAUCCUGACAUUAUCAAAACCAUCUAUCAGCAUGAACCAAAGACCCUACAGACUUCUGCAACCCUCAAAGACUUGUUGUUUGGAGUACCAGGAAAAUAUAGUGGGGUGAAUCUAUACACGAGGAAGAGGAUGGUGUCUUACACCAUUACCCUGGUCUUCCAGUAUUACCAUUCCAGGUAUCUGAAUAGCCUCCGGGCCCGACUAAAGCUGUUGCACCCUAGCCCCAACUGUAGUCUUCGGGAGGAGAAUCUGGUGCAUGUGCAUUUCAAGGAAGAAAUUGGCAUUGCUGAGCUCAUUCCCCUCGUCACCACCUACAUCAUCCUCUUUGCCUACAUUUACUUCUCUACAAGGAAGAUAGACAUGGUGAAAUCAAAAUGGGGAUUGGCACUGGCAGCAGUGGUGACUGUCCUCAGCUCUCUGCUAAUGUCUGUGGGGCUUUGUACACUCUUUGGCCUGACACCAACUCUCAAUGGCGGAGAGAUUUUCCCCUACUUGGUGGUGGUGAUUGGAUUGGAGAAUGUGCUGGUUCUCACAAAGUCAGUUGUAUCUACUCCAGUAGACCUUGAAGUGAAGCUGCGGAUUGCCCAAGGCUUAAGCAACGAGAGUUGGUCUAUUAUGAAGAACAUGGCCACAGAACUGGGCAUCAUCCUCAUUGGAUAUUUCACCUUGGUUCCUGCUAUUCAGGAAUUCUGUCUCUUUGCUGUGGUGGGCCUUGUCUCUGACUUCUUUCUGCAGAUGCUCUUCUUCACCACUGUUCUGUCUAUUGACAUUCGUCGAAUGGAGCUAGCUGAUCUAAAUAAACGAUUGCCCCCAGAAGUCUGCCUGCACCCAGCAAAGCCUGCAGGACGGGGCCACCGAUACGAGCGGCAGUUGGCCAUGCGACCCUCGACACCACACACGAUCACCCUGCAGCCAUCGUCCUUUAGAAAUCUGCGCCUCCCCAAAAGACUGCGUGUCAUCUAUUUCUUGGCCCGGACCCGGCUGGCCCAGAGGCUAAUCAUGGUUGGCACAGUGAUCUGGAUCGGCAUCCUGGUGUAUACAGACCCCGCUGGGCUACGCACUUACUUAACGGCCCAAGUGACGGAGCAGAGCCCCUUGGGAGAAGCGGGGCUGCCCCCAAUGCCUGUGCCAGGUGGGGUGCUGCCUGCAGGUGACCCCAAGAGUACCUUCUCCAUCUUCCCACCGGAUGCUUCUAAGCUAGCAGAGAAUCAGACACUGCCUUGGGAAUCCCCUGAAGUUCAGGAACCCCGGGACCAUCUGGAGGGGGCUCCUCAGAGCAGCUUGCUGGACAUAGGCCCUGCCCCAGAGGUGACAUGGGGACCAGAAGAUGAAGAGCUCUGGAGGAAAUUGUCCUUUCGCCACUGGCCUUCCCUUUUCAGUUACUACAACAUCACGCUGGCUAAGAGGUACAUUAGUCUCCUUCCAGUGAUUCCUGUCACCCUCUACUUGAACCCACGGGAGGUUCGGCACCACCAGGAGGCUCAACAUUACUGGCCCCUUAAGCUCCCAAGUCCUGGAACUGCCCAGGGGGAGGACCAGGCAAAGGCAUUUGAAGGUCCCAGUAGGACCCAGGUCCAUGGAGACGUUACCCUCUACAAGGUGGCCGCAUUAGGUCUGGCUUCUGGUAUCUUGUUGGUACUUUUGCUCUUCUGCCUCUAUCGAGUGCUCUGUCCCAAGAACUAUGGACAGCACGGCUCCUCCCAUGGCCGUCGGAAGCGUGGGGACCUGCCCUGUGAUGACUAUGGAUACUCUCCACCUGAGACGGAGAUCACUCCUCUUGUCCUUCGAGGGCAUCUCAUGGAUAUCGAGUGCCUAGCAAGUGACGGGAUGCUCUUGGUGAGCUGCUGCCUGGUAGGACAGAUCCGGGUGUGGGAUGCCCAGACUGGGGACUGCCUUACCCUGAUCCCCAAGCAAGGGCUUCGGAGGGACAGCGGUGGUGUGUUUGAUUCCCAAGAGAGCUGGGAGCAGCUAUCAGAUGGAGGAAAGGGAAGCCCCGAGGAGCUCGGAGACAAUCCCCAGCUGCGACGCCUCCUGGGUCCCCCACAGCCUCCACUCUUUGGCGAUCAGCCUGACCUGACCUGCCUCAUCGACACCAACUUUUCUGAGCAGCCCCAGCCCCCGCCUUUAGAACCUUCGCAGCCUGAACCAAGGCACCGGGCUGGCUGUCGACAGCCCCAUGACCCCCCUGGCUACAAUUUUAAACGAUUGGUACAGCGGGUGUACCAGGAGGAGGGGCUGGGCCCUAGCCCCUUUGCAGCCCUAGCCCCCCCUUCCCCAGUUCCUUCAUUCCAUGGCCCUGAGGAUGAAGCCUGCUCGCAUCUUGAAAAGGGGUCACCCAUCCUCACCUGGACUCCCGACACAGAGAGCUCUGUCUGGAGCCUGGACCUGCAGGGGAACCUCAUCGUAGCUGGGCGCAGCAACGGCAGGCUGGAGGUGUGGGACGCCAUCGAGGGCACCCUGCGCUGCAGCAAUGAGGAAGUCUCCUCAGGCAUCACUGCCCUUGUGUUCCUGAACAAGAGGAUUGUGACUGCCCGGCUCAAUGGCUCCCUUGAUUUUUUCUCCUUAGAGACUCGAACGGCCCUUAGCCAUUUGCAGUUUCGAGGGACUCCAGGCCGGGGCAGUGCCCCCUCAUCCCCUGUGUACAGCAACAGUGAUACCAUAGUAUGCCAUCUCACCCACACAGUGUCCUGUGCCCACCAGAAACCCAUAACUGCCCUAAAGGCUGCUGCUGGUCGUGUUGUGACUGGGAGCCAGGACCAUACUCUGAGAGUGUAUCGGCUGGAGGACUCGUGCUGCCUCUUUACCCUGCAGGGCCAUUCAGGGGCCAUUACAGCUGUGUACAUUGACCAGACAAUGGUGCUGGCCAGUGGGGGGCAGGAUGGAGCCAUCUGCCUUUGGGAUGUUCUGACAGGUAGUCGAGUAAGCCAUAUGUUUGCACACCGUGGGGAUGUAACCUCUCUCACCUGUACCACCUCCUGCAUCAUCAGCAGCGGCCUAGAUGACCUCAUUAGCAUCUGGGACCGAAGCACUGGCAUCAAGCUCUACUCAAUUCAGCAGGACAUGGGGUGUGGGGCCAGCCUGGGUGUCAUCUCGGACAACUUACUGGUCACUGGAGGCCAGGGAUGUGUCUCCUUCUGGGAUCUAAACUAUGGGGACCUGCUGCAAACUGUCUACCUGGGCAAAAGCAGUGAGGCACAGCCAGCCCGCCAGAUUCUUGUGCUGGACAACGCAGCCAUUGUCUGCAACUUUGGCAGCGAGCUGAGCCUGGUGUAUGUGCCCUCUGUGCUGGAGAAGCUGGACUGAAGCGGGGUUAAUACUGGGCCUGAGCACCCUCUCCAGAGUCUUCAUAGCAGGCCUGGACUGGAGGUGACCUAACAGUGGUGACAAGGCUUGGAGCAGGAGGGAAAUAGUCCACCUUUCCGGUGGUUGGGGAGGACAGCUGUUAGGAAGCUCCUUUCCCACUAAGGGCACUGUGUGUCCUGUUUACUGGUGGACCCUGUGCUAGGUGCAGGGAUUGUUCCUUCUGCCUGGCAUCUCUGGCUCUCCCUUUCCCCAUUAGUGGGACCAAAGCUGUAGUACCUGAGGGUGAAGGAGAGAUAGGGUUGGCUGGGUUUACCCUUGGGACUUUUCAGUGACUUCCCAUCUUGCCAGUUCCCUCUCUUAAAUAAACUUUCUAAAAAAUCAUGUAAUAUAUAACCACCAUGAGCUACCUCCAUCUAUGCCCUAUAAGGGCACACGGUUACGUUUGUUACUUUCCUAUGCCCACCUCAAACAAAGUGGUGGUGGAUAGCAGCACAAGGAGAUCCAUGAAGUGUGUGUGGCCAGGCCUAGUUAGCAUUAACAGCUCUUUGGUGUGGCAUCCACACUCAUAAAGAGGGAGAAAAGGCUGUAUUUGGUCAACUUAACCAUAAAACUCUGCCUUCUGCAGGGAGGCUGGUUUGAAUACAUUGUGGUUGUACUGGAGGGAAAAUAGGGGAAAGGGGAGUAGAGUCCAGUGAGUGUGGCAGCACAAUUGACCCACAUGAGAGAAUAGAGGUGAGUCGUGGGGGAGGAAUAGGAAUUUUAAUGGAGUUGAGGUUAUCUUACUGUGGAGUGUAGCCUGGGUAACAACCAGUAUUAUCACAAAGUGGGCAAAGUGCUUUGAAGAUACGAACUCUCUUUGGCCUCAUCUGCCCCCCCCCCCCCCCCAAGCUCUAGUUUUUGUCGCUUGUGCUAAGAGGGAGUCCUGGAAGUGUUUAUGUGGCCUCUAGGCCCUGCUCCUUUACUUCAGCUGCCAUCUAGAAUCCCUCAAGGCUAACAGAAUAUUGGUUCCAAACCAUCUAGUUCUGCAUAAGCAAAUUAUUCACUUGGCAGAGCUAUGGACUAGAACUAAGGGCCUGGCUUUGUGCCGGGGGUGUAGACCUGGAUGGUUCUCUCCAAAUUACACAACAGUGAGGAAAAUGGAAGGAAAUGUAAGACUUUAUCAUCAGAAUAGUGCUGGCAGGUCUCUUUUCUGUCCAUACUAAUAAUCUCCCAACAUCAAGCCCUUAAUGAUGGUGUUGGACUCAACUUGGUGUGAUGGGAAGAAUACAGUUCAUAGUCCGAGGACCUCUCUACCUGCCACUUACUACUUAGGUGGCUUUGGGCACUUUCUUCAUAAAAUGAAGAGGCCAGUAUUUCUUCACAAGGCUUAUUGUGAGGAUUUAAGAAAAACCCAAGCGGCAGUUGCCUAUAGAGGUUGGUUUAUUUUAGUAGCAAAGAGCUGAAAAAAAAACAUUCAGGUCCCAAGUUAGAGAAUGGCUACUCUGUUCAUGGCCUGCCCUGCUUGCCUUAUCCCCGUGAGUCAGGUCCAGUUAGGGAAGGGCACCAAGUGAGUGCUGAAGUCAGUUCAGCAGUUCCAUGCAGUCAAGAGAAAUGAGCAUCCUGGCAGGACGACUCUGGCUUCCACUAGACCAGGGCUAAAGGCAACAAGAAUUGUCGGGGAGGGGAGGGGCUUUGACCUCCAAACCAGUGACGACUCUCCCCCGAGUUGUUGAAUCCUCUUUCUCUACCCUGGCCCUUGGUAAACCUCCAGCUCCUUCUUUCUCCCUGGGCAUCCCAGGGAGGGGGUAGGAAGUCUUUCCCUGGUCCAGAAGAGAGGCAGCUCAGAUUUUGGAUUGGGGAUUUAGCAGGUUUAAAGGAAACAUGUAGUGUAGGGAAUUAGAAGCCAAUGGACACCCAUGACUCUAGGUCCAAUUCAUGUCUUAUUUAGGGUCCAGAGUGGGUCCAAAAGGCUGAGAGGGUCAUCACUUGGGCCAGUGCCCCGCAGUCCUUGCCCAUUAUGAGCCUGCAGGAAGCUCUGCUUGUUCAUGCGUUGCUUCCCCCGAAGGGAACUGUCCAGGGAGAAGGCCUCAGGGGUCAGGGAGGCUAGUAGCUCUAGAGAAGAAGUGGAAGGCCCAGGGCUAGGUGCUGCAGGUACCUGGCUCUCCUCCUUAGGCUCAGGAAUUUCUGGCUGAGGGGAGGAAGGAGGGGAAGGUGAAGGGGCACUGGUUAGCUCCAGGAGGUUGGGUGUGGGAGGACUGAAAGGCUCAGCAGGACUAGGAAAGGCCAGAGGAGGGGGCUCCUGCCCGCCCCCUUGAGGCCGGAUGCUAAGCUUGGCAAUGGUGGCUUGGAUGGAGCUGAUGGGCAUGUCUGCACCCAGCACCAGGUCCUGGGGGUCCUGGGGGAGAUAUGCCUAAGAAAGGAGAGAGAGCCUCAGGAACUCUAUCCACCCUAUCCCACCCCAACCCCUCCUUCUCGCUCUGAGCCUCCCUCUAGCUACCUUCUGGGCCAUGCUGGGGUUAGCAAGGGGUCUGCAGGCAGAAGGGGGUGCCACCCCGUGCCGCUGGAGCACCUGCUCUACGUGUCUCAGCACUGCUUCGUGACAAAAUCGGAGGUGUAGCUGACAAGGGAACAGUAACAGUAAGGUCAAGGAUCACCUUAAACUCAGCAGUCUGGCCUGCCUGCCUCUCUUUCCCCCCUACCUUCUCCUGUAACAUGUGCUUCCGCUGUUGCCGCAUCCUCCGGACCAGCUGCGUCAGGGCAGGAAUCCCGUUGCCAGCUUCUACUUCCUGCACUGCAGCAUAGAGCAGGGCAAAAGCUCCGGUACGGCCCACCCCAGAACUGUGUGAGCAGGAAAAGGAAGAGGCUGGUGGUGAGCAAAGUCCUGUGGAGAAUGCCCAGGCCCUCCCCUGCGGCCACCCCAGCAGUACCUGCAGUGCACUACAAUGGGUGUGUGCAGAGGCCGCUGAUGCAGGUAGUGGGUAUGCACCUCAUGGAUGAAGCGAAGCAGGUUCCCUGGGCUGUCCGGAAGGCCCCUGAAAGGGGGAGGAGAAUAAGGAGCCUGCGGGACCUGAGCUGCUCCAUCUGGAAUCCCUUCCCCUCCCACCACAUCCCCCAAGAAAUUGCUCAUUUUCCCACCUGGCUCCUGCCAUCAGCGCCCCCUCCCCCCCACAAUUAAACGCACAGCUCUGGCCAAGUUGGGAAGUGCAGGUGUACGAGAGAUCGUUUGAGGCUUUGGUCUCUGAAUUGCAGGCUUAGCACACGUUCCACAUGGGUGUCUGUGGCCCGGACACUGCUCAGCACCAGGCUUAGAGGGCCCUGGACCAGAGGCUGGCCCCUCUCCGUGGGGAAAUACUUAGCCACUUUCUGCUGCAGAGUAAAAAGACGCCAAGUGAGUUGUCAGAGUACCUGACUUGGGGCCAUAGCAGGGAGACCAAGGGUUCUUAACCUAGCACCUGUGAAUUUGUUUUUACAAGUUAUUUGAAUAAAUAUAUUUCAGUAUAA